GGGCAAGACCUGGAAAGAACGCUGACAGUUCACUUGAUUUAAUGAAUUGGACUUGUGGUAUUCCAGGAAAAGAAGGUACCCCUUGGGAAAAUGCAACAUAUAAACUUACCAUGUCAUUUCCAGAAGAUUAUCCUAGUAAACCACCAAAAUGUAAAUUUACACCACCACUAUUUCAUCCAAAUGUCUAUCCUUCUGGUACUGUUUGUUUGUCAAUUUUAAACGAAGAUGAAGGUUGGAAGCCUGCGAUUACUGUCAAACAGAUUUUACUUGGUGUUCAAGAUCUAUUGAACGAUCCUAAUCCAGAAAGCCCAGCUCAGCAAGAUGCUUAUGUAUUAUUCAAAAAGGAUAAAAAGGAAUAUGAAAAAAGAGUACGUGAACAAGCUUUACAAAAUAGAACAUAGCGUUAAAGAAAAGAGAACAAAGUUAUGCUAUUUUAUAAUAAAAAACAACAAAUAUCUUUUUUAUUAUUA